AUGAAGGGCAGUCUCAUCCUCUUCAGCAGCCUCCUCACCGGGGCCAUGGCCAUGGCGGUGCCAGGGUACGUCGUCCACGAGAAGCGUGGCAAUCACCCACGCUGGGUCAAGGGCAAGCCAUUAGACGGCCAUACCAAGAUCCCAGUCCGCAUCGCGCUGAAGCAACGUAACCUGGACAAAGGCAUGGACUAUCUGCUCGAGGUCUCUGACCCCGAGUCGCCCAAAUAUGGUCAGCACUACACCGCUGACGAGGUCGUCGAGCUGUUUGCGCCGGACGAGCAGUCCGUCCAGACGGUCAAAGACUGGCUCACAUCGGCCGGCAUUCCUGGCGGGACGAUCCGCGUACCGAAGAGCAAGGCAUGGGUGCACUUUGAUGCCACUGUCGACCAGCUCGAGGACGUGUUGGGGACGCGAUACCAUGUCUACAACCACGUCGAGAGCCGCAACGAGCACGUCGGUGUCGAUUCCUACCGCCUGCCCCGCGAGGUGGCCGAGCACGUCGAGUUUGUCACACCCGGCGUCGUCUUUGCGCCAAGGACGAGAGCUGUGGGGAAGCAGAUGAAGCGUGAGGAAAAGUUGCCAAGAGCAAAAGUGCGACCGAUGCCAGUCGAGUUGGCGCAGAAGCUACGAUCCAAUCCUGAGAGAACGGACGACUGCGGCAGGGCCAUCACGCCGGCCUGCAUCAAGGCCAUGUACAACAUCACUGAUGGCAAGCUCGCGAGCGCGGGAAACCAGCUGGGCAUUUUCGAGCUUGACGAGCAAAAGUACUCGCAGGAAGACCUCGACCAGUUCUACGGCGCGUAUGCCUCGCACGUUCCUUCCGGCACUGGUCCCAAGGUCGACGGCAUCGACGGCGGCACCGCGCCCGGCUCUCAGGACUCGGCCGGGGCCGAAGCGGACCUCGAUUUCCAGAUUGGCAUCCCCAUCGUGCACCCGCAGGGGACGAUCCUGUUCCAGACGGUGGCGCAGAACAACGACAUCUUCAACACGUUCCUCGACGCCGUCGACGGCUCGUACUGCACCAAGUCGGCGUAUGGCGAGACGGGCGACGACCCCGACGUGGACGGCAUCACGCCCGACGAGCAGUGCGGCGCCUUCGAGCCGGCCCACGUCAUAUCCUUUUCUUACGGCAGCGCCGAGGCCGACUACCCUACCUACUACCUACAGCGCCAGUGCGACGAAUUCAUGAAGCUGGGACUUCAAGGCACGACGCUCGUCAUGUCAAGCGGAGACGAUGGCGUCGCCCGACGCUCCGGCCCCUGCCUCGGCCCGAACGAGGACAUCUUCGCGCCCGACACGGCGGCCAACUGCCCGUACAUCACCGCCGUCGGCUCGACGACGCUGCCGGCCGGCUCCAAGGCGGGCGACGACGAGGUGGCGACGACGAGCUUCUCGUCCGGCGGCGGCUUCAGCAACAUCUUCACGACGCCCGCGUACCAGAGGAAGGCGGUGUCGAGCUACUUUGACGAGCACGACCCCGGAUACAAGCACUACAACACCAGCGACGGCAAGAUCCCCGACGGCGGCGGCAUCUACAACCGCGCGGGCCGCGGCUACCCCGACCUCGCGGCCGUCGGCGACAACGGCGCGUUCAUCAUCGGCGGCAGCCACCAGCUGGCCGGCGGCACCUCCAUGUCGGGCCCGCUCGUGGCGGCCAUGUUCACUCGCAUCAACGACGAGCGCAUCGCCGCCGGCAAGGGUCCCAUCGGCUUCGCCAACCCCACCCUCUACCAGCACCCCGAGAUGUUCCACGACAUCACGACGGGCAACCAGGACAAGGGCGGGCCCGACGGCGACGGCGGAGCGAGCGCCUGCGGCAACAGCGGCUUCUCCGCUGUCCCGGGAUGGGAUCCCGUCACCGGACUGGGGACGCCCAACUACGCAGCCUUCCUCGACGUCUUUAUGAGCAUCUGA